UGGGGAGGGGGCGGUUUGCAUCACUGAGAUCCCAGAGCAGCAUUCCCGAGCGUUUCCUCCCUUUGCAAAGAAACCAACCCAGGGGCUUCCACUGCAGAACUCAGGGCCAGGCUCCGGAGGGCGUUCUGACAGGCCUAGGGGCUGGUGUGCUGAGGCAGACAAGAGGCUUUCAGAGGAAAGCUGAUCCCACCUGAAGGAGCUGGGGAUCUAUGAAGGCAGACAGCGGAGUCUGAAGUGCAACAGGGCAUCAGCACGUGGCAUGCCUGGAUGUCCCUGCCCUGGCUGUGGCAUGGCGGGCCAGAGGCUCCUCUUCUUCGCUGCUCUUGCCCUGGAGCUCCUGGGAGGGGCUGGGGGUUCCCAGCAGGCCCUCCGGAACAGGGGGCCUGCAGCUGCCUGUCGCCUGGACACCAAGGAAAGCGAAUCCUGGGGGGCCCUGCUGAGUGGGGAGAGGCUGGACACCUGGAUCUGCUCCCUCCUGGGCUCACUCAUGGUGGGGCUCAGCGGGGUCUUCCCACUGCUGGUGAUUCCCCUGGAGAUGGGGACUAUGCUGCGCUCAGAAGCUGGGGCCCGCCGCCUGAAGCAGCUGCUCAGCUUUGCCCUGGGGGGACUUUUGGGCAACGUGUUUCUCCACCUGCUGCCCGAGGCGUGGGCCUACACAUGCAGUGCCAGCCCUGGUCCCAUUUCAAAUGGCCCCCUUCUGUGGCCCUGGCUUGGCCUGGCCUGUCAGUGCUGCCCCCUGCAGGUGGUGAGGGGCAGAGCCUGCAGCAGCAACAACAGCUGGGACUGUGGGUCAUUGCUGGCUUCCUGACCUUUCUGGCCUUGGAGAAGAUGUUCCUGGACAGCAAGGAGAAGGAGGGGGCCAGCCAGGCCCCCAGCAAAGAUCCCGCUGCUGCCGCCGCACUCAGUGGAGGCCACUCUCUGGCCCAGCCGGCUGCAGAGCCCGGCGUGAGUGCCGUGGUCCGGACCAUCAAAGUCAGUGGCUAUCUCAACCUGCUGGCCAACACCAUAGAUAACUUCACUCAUGGGCUGGCUGUCGCUGCCAGCUUCCUUGUGAGCAAGAAGAUCGGGCUCCUGACCACCAUGGCCAUCCUUCUGCAUGAGAUCCCCCAUGAGGUGGGCGACUUUGCCAUCCUGCUCCGGGCCGGCUUUGACCGAUGGAGCGCAGCCAAGUUGCAGCUCUCAACAGCACUGGGGGGCCUGCUGGGCGCCUGCUUCGCCAUCUGUACGCAGUCCCCCAAGGGAGUAGAAGAGACUGUGGCCUGGAUCCUGCCCUUCACCUCUGGCGGCUUUCUCUAUAUCGCCCUGGUGAACGUGCUGCCUGACCUCUUGGAGGAAGAUGACCCAUGGCGCUCCCUGCAGCAGGUGCUGCUGCUCUGCACAGGCAUUGUGGUGAUGGUGCUGUUCUCGCUCUUCGUGGAGUGACCGUCCCCGAGGCCCCCCCACAGCAAUAAGAGACUCAGAUUCACUCUGUGACUGUGAGGCAGAGGGCGAGUGCCUGAGAGCACACCUCUGACCAGAUGAGAGGAUGGCAUGUGUGUGUCCGUGUGUGUGUGUGCACAUACAGGUGUACGUGUGACCAGAGCUGUGUGUGAGACCGACACUGUGAUCAUGUGCUGGGCCCAGGGCCCGAUGCCCACGUCUGCCCCCAGCCACACUGUGGUUUUCUCGCCUUGCCACCCUGUGAUCCUGCAUUUCUUCCGUGAACAGAGGAACAGAAGCAUCCCAAGUGGAGGCCUCUCCCGAUCCAGACCAUAGUGGGAGGGAGAACAGCCUGAGGAGCCCAGGGCCCCAGGGAGCCCGAGCUGUCUCCCCCUGAGGCCCAGGGGGGGGUGUCCCUGGCCUCUCCUCAGGCAUGGAGCCCCGGGCAGCCUAGGACUCAGGCCAGGGAGCCUUCUCUGCUGUGUCCAUUACCUGGCCCAACCUUUGCCAGUUCUAAGGCCAAAGAAAGGAGAGGCGGGUGCUCGCGUAGCCCCUGGCCCCGCUCAGCACUGACAGCCCUACCCUGCCAGGGGUGGAGCUGGGAGAGGCCUUCCAAGACCUUUUCCUCGUGGCGGCCGGCCCUGGGCCAGCGCCUGCUCCCCUGGUGAAUGCACCCUGGCAGCACCCGCAGCUUUUGCCACCUCCAGCUGCCAAACAGCAGCCUGCAGGGCAGUGAGCAGCCUUGAGCCAGAGAGACCUCCUGGUCCAGGUCAGGGAUGCUCGGGCCAGGACCCCAGGUCCAGGAGAGGUACCCUGGGGGCAGGAAGAGUGGGCCGGGGCUGCCCCUCCCUGCCAAGGCCCCUUUUCCUGUCCCGCUGCGCUGAGGGUAAGUUGGGGGUGGUGAGGGCCCUGCCUUGUCAGCACUCAGGAAUGUGCUCUGGGAGAAUGCUGAAGCCAUAAUCCCCAGCUAUUUCCCUUGGCUGACGCCCAGGUACUCAGCUGGCCCACGCCACAGCCAGGCUCAGCCCUGCUGCUCAACCGUGGACGUUCUGAGAAGCAGCCAUCAAGAGGGUCUGAAUGGGUUUACAGCAGUUUUGCUGUGGUUCCGUUUCUAUCUGUAAAUACCUAUUCUAUAGAUGAGAUACAAAUAAAUGUUAUAUACAAAC